UCUCACCCAUUUUAUCUCUUCAAUAAUUUUGCUGACAAUUAUUUGAAGUUCAUUCUGGUUCUCCCUCUCAAAUGAUCCUCUCCCCAUGUCGCAUUCACCCUUUACGUAAGACAAAAAUCCAUGGCCAGUAUUUGUUGCUAAAGACACAUUCGUUCUUUUUUCUAAGGUUGCGUUUAGACACAGUUGUUCCUCUGUCCACGAGAGCGACACGCAGAUACGCUAUUCAAACUGUUACCAAAACAAAACCUCAUAGAAACGCCACGCUUCUGCUGGAUCUCUUUUAAUCGAGUCACGAGGAGUUCCAGCAUGAUCAUGCACAAAUAAAUGUAAAGUUCAUCGGGCAUAAACCAGAAAUGGCUCUGUGUUUUUUUUUUCUCUUGGGCGUGACAUGGGAUAGAAGAUGAUCUAAUUUGUGAUCUCUCUCAUGAUGACGGAAAGAAUAAUUAGGUUUUUUGGUUUCAUAACGAAAGAGGAAAAGGGUAUGAAGCCUUUUCUUCUGAAAUGUGGUUUGGCUUUGGCUCUUACCUUUGCUGGAAUUCUCUACUCUCAAAUCGGAGUCAAGAGAAUCAAACCUUCCCCUACUUCCCCCAAGGGGCACCCUUCAGGUCAUGGAAGCGAAGAUAAUUUUGUAAGAGGUAAAAGGGCGUCUUCUUCUAGUUCUCGCAACAAUCUUGCAGAGGAAAAUGUUUUGGAUGCUGAAGAAACAUGCAGUAGCAAGGUGAUUGGUAAAAAUUCCCCAUCAGGUCUCUCUCCGAGGACUAAAAAAAGUGGAGAGAAAGAUGAGUUCAUCGGUUCUGAAUUUAAUGAUCCUAUCAAGGAUCCAGAAUUUGAAGUCAUCGUUGAAGGUAAGAAAGAGGUAGAAACACCAAGGUCAAAAGUAGGAUCUCCUAUGGCAUAUGCAAAUGUUGACAAAGAUGAUUAUGAGAAAGAGAUCAGGAACCUCAGGAGCAUGAUCAGAAUGCUUCAAGAGAGGGAAAGAAACCUUCAGUUUCAACUGCUUGAGUACUGUGGAAUUAAAGAGCAACAAGCAGCAGUGAUGGAGCUCCAAAAUAGAUUGAAGAUAAGUAAUAUGGAGGCUAAGAUGUUCAAUCUCAAGGUUGUGACCUUGCAGUCCGAAAAUCAUAGAUUAGAGGUACAAGUGGCUGAUCAUGCAAAACUUUUGUCUGAGUUAGAGACUGCAAAAACCAAAGUUAAGUUUUUGAAGAAGAAAAUUAAGUACGAAGCUGAACAGAACAGGGAGCAUAUCAUGAAUCUUAAGCAAAAAGUUGCCAAGUUGCAGGAUCAUGAAUUUAAAGUUGCUGCUAACGAACAAGAGAUUCAGAUUAAGCUGAAAAGGCUUAAGGAUCUUGAGUGUGAGAUAGAACAGUUGAGAAAAUCUAAUUUGAGACUGCAGAUGGAAAAUUCUGACUUAUCUCGAAGAUUGGAUUCUACUCAGCUCCUUGCAAAUGCUGUUCUAGAAGAUCCUGAGGCACAAGCUCUGAAGGAAGAAGGUGAACGUCUCAGACAAGAUAAUGAAGGGUUGACAAAAGAACUUGAGCAAUUACAUGCAGAUAGAUGUUCAGAUCUUGAAGAGUUAGUUUAUUUGCGGUGGAUAAAUGCUUGCUUGAGACAUGAACUACGAAGUUAUCAGCCACCAUCUGGUAAAACAGCAGCAAGGGACUUGAGUAAAAGCUUGAGUCCAACCUCUGAGAAGAAAGCCAAGCAACUUAUACUUGAAUAUGCAAACAAUGAAGGGCGAGGGAGCGUUUCUGAUAUGGACUCUGACCAAUGGUCCUCUUCACAGGCUUCUUGUUUCACAGACUCUGGAGAGCAUGAGGAUUAUUCUCUUAAUGAUACUUCAUCUGAGGUCAAAGCUAACAAUCCAAGCAAAUCAAAGAUUUUUGGCAAGCUUAUGAAGCUGAUACGAGGCAAAGAUAGCCAGCAGAACCAACGUGGUCGAGUUAUAUCUAAAGAAAAAUCAAUUUCCCAAGUAGAUAGCAGUUCACAUUUCAGCUUGAGUAUGUCAACCGGAAAUGAGUGUCUUAGGAGCGAGUAUACCACUCCCUCUGGCACUUCUAGAACUUCCUUUGAUUAUAACCAAGCCACGAGUAUGAAGGAUGAUAGUGGCAGAAAUUCAGAUAGCCAUACCCCAGGAAGCUCCAAGAAUUUCAGUCCAAUGAGAAGAAGUUCAGCAGAUUCCAAAAACCGCCUUGAUUCUUUCUCAGAAUCCUCUGCCAUGGAGAAAACUAAUUUGGUCAAAUAUGCUGAAGCUUUGAAAAAUUCAAGUGAAGCUCCCAAACAUAAAUCACACAGAAGAUCAGCAGCAUAUAGUUCGUUUUAACUUAUUAGCUACAUAUGCAAGGAUUGUACAUUACCAAGAAUAUCACAGAUUAGCAGGGUUUACUUAGUAAUCAAUCCUGAUGUACAAUAUUAGACGUUAGGAGCUGUUCAAAUAACCGUGUAAUAAUUAAGGAGGGAGGCACUUAAAAUCAUAGGCAAGAAUUCAUGCAUAGUAA